AUGAGUUCGAGAGUUACUAGGUCUCGGUCUCGGACGGAAACACCUCAAACCGUCGUCACUGAUUUUUUCAAGACUACGAGGAAACCAAGGAUAAGAGGAGAGAAAAAAAUAAUUGAAGAAAAUGAGCCUUGCCAAGUCUCUGCUCCUGCCAAGCCGAUGGGAAUUUCGCAAGUUGAAGAAGAAACAAAUGAAUCGAUCGAAGUCGACCAAGCUUGCGUGGCACCAGCACCCGAGGAAAAGCCAUCUCGCUCUCGGGCACGUACUCCAUCGCGUAAUGCGGAACUUUCUACUGAAGAUGUCACUGGAACACCACCAAAAAAAUCGAGGGAAAGUGUGAUUCGAGUCGGAGCUCCGUGUUUGCCAUCUGAAACACCAGACAUUAUUCUAGAUAGUGCAGCAACGGGAAAAUCAGCUUUAGAUGAACUGAUGGAAGUAUCCGGUCCAUUAAAGAAGAGAACUGGAAUCAGAACUGUGGCAGAUUUGCAAGCAAGACUGGCCGCAAAAGGUGCUGCCAGAGCUGUUCAUGCUCAAAAUUCGAAAAACAAAGCGAAGAUGGUAGAGGAACACGCAGAGAUGUUGAAAUCACCAAAGAAAAAACUCAUGGAAACGGUUUCUCCGGUCAAAUCGAAAGCAGCCCGAACGCUGUUCUCUCCGAAAAAAUCGUUGCCUGAUUAUGUUGUUCCUGGCUUCAAUGUAACGAAAUCUGCGGAAAAGAUUCGUGAAGAACAAGAUGAUGCUUAUGAACAAGAAGGAAAUCGAAUGACCGCGCAGUUUUUGAAAGUUUCUAAACUCACGGAAGACGUAAAAGAGAGUGUACGUCAACGAAUUGAGCUGCCAUCGACUUAUGAACAUCUCGCUGAUUCUUUCAAACGAGUCGAUCAAAUCGCCGGCAUUUUUCUUGGUCAAAACAGAACAUGUUUGGCUGCUGAGUUGUUCAAAAGUGUCAAAUCUACAUCAGGACGAGAAUUUUCCAGUUAUCACUUGUCACAAAUUCUUCAUGUAUAUCCUGAAGCGUUCCAUGUUGAAAUGCGUGAGCAGAGAAAAGCAUUUGGACAAGGCGGUAAAUACGAGCUUGAAAUUCGCCCGAAUCUGAUUGAUGAUUUGCGUGGGUAUAUACUCGAGAAGACACCUGUUGAAGAUAACGAUGAACUACCUCUGGUUUGCCCCUCGAAAUUACUUUCUCCAAAGAAGAGCCCCAGAAAGAAAGUUCAACCAGUAGCAAGACAGCCAGAUAUCGAUGGAAAAAUCAGACUUGAUGCAGCUAGACAGAGAGAUCGUGCUCAUAUUUUCCGGCAUAAACUAACAACGAUUGUAAUGAAACAUCAUGAAGAGUUUCUCGAAUCGCAAGGAUUUUCGAGUGUGUCUGGAAUCAAGAGAAUGCAUCCAUUGUUCCGCCUAGAUGUGCAUUGCCCCAAACUGCCACAAGUGAAGCUCCCCGAGCCUCCACAUCAAAAAAGCUCUGUACAUAUGGGAAUGAAAGAAGCUCUUGAGAAACAAAUCGAUCUGGAGAAAGUAUCUUUACCAGCGUCAGUUCAAAGAUUGAUCAGCGACUUGAAGAGUCCAAUCAAAACGAGCACUGGACCAUCUGCACAAGUUCCACUAUCUCCGAAAAAGUUUUCUGAAAUGCAGGCAGAACAGAAAAGCAAAGGAACGAUGACAUUGCUGGAAAGAAUUCGUGCCAAAGAAGCAAUCAAAAAAGCUGCCGACGCAUUAGUUGAUAAAGACCUUGAGAAAAGAAGACAGCGGUUGACUCUAUUGAAAGAAAGAUAUGUGCGCAUCGUCUGUAAUCACUACACAUCGAAAAGAGCUCAAACGAUGGAACUGGAUGCAAUCGCCAAGUUUGUGCAGUUCAGUUCUUCUACUCCAUCAACAAUACCUGAUAUAAUCGAUCAUCUGAAGCUGAUGUGUGAAGUUGCUCCCAUGUAUGUUGCAGAAGCAAUAUUCAUGAAUAAAAAAUACCUUCGUUUCUCUGACAACAAUAUAGAAGCUAUCAACGAAAUUCUUGUUGAAGAACUGGGAAAGACUCAAGAGAAGAUUGAUGCUCAAAGAAAUAACCAAAUUGCUCAAAUGAGUCAUACCCCAAGACCUAAAGCUGCUAGAUCUCUGAAAUUUCACUGA